AUGGCUACAGCCUGGAUAUACAAUUAUGCAUGUUCACUUGAUGAAGAGUGGACAUUUUUGCUUCGAUCGCGUUGGACCAAGAUGAAAGGCCUGUAUAUUGUUACACGAUUCCUCCCCUUAAUCCUUUUCGCCUCGGGUCUAUAUAGUGCGUUCCGUUCCAGUACGUGCAUGGUACACCCAUGUCUUGACCCAGUAUCAACCGUUUCCUCCGAAUGGGUUUUUAUCCUCAGAACAUAUGUGCUCUGGAAUAAGAAUAGAAUCUUGCUUGCAGCCAUGCUGUGUUUCUCUUUCACUUUUAUUGCAACACCCUUCGGCAUCGCCUUCGCCACUGCCAUCACCGCAGCAUGUGCGACUGGCUCGAUCCCGGGAAUCACAGGGUGCUACCAGACUUCGAUCGGUUUCUGGAAUUUCGUGCCAUUUCUUCUCCUUUCUGUAUUCCAACUGGGACUCUUGAUACUCACACUCAUACGCGCCAUACAGGACUGGCGGACAAACACAGGCCAUCUGUAUGUUGUCCUGGUGAACCAUAACAUAUCCUAUUAUGCAUGCGGUCUUUUGUUCUCGUUAACGAACAUGUUCACAUCACUGCUCCUCCAUCACUCUUACCGCAGCGCAUGGUAUCAGUUCCAGGGCAUGAUUCUUGCAAUCUUAGCCACGCACAUGCACCUCCAUCUCUGGCAGGUGAAUCAACAUCUACACGACUCCACUGGCGCCCUCGUUUCAAUGUCCGACAUCUCAUUUGACAAUCCCAUGGCGUGAUGUCGUGUCCUGUGGCUUAUUCUGUGUUUUUCAUGGGGCGAGGCUUGGACCAUACAAGAUGAUUGGUGGGGGUGGGCUUGAUAGAGUUUUGUUACGUGCUUAAUUUAUAGGCUGAAUCUGUCGCGGGGUGCGCAGCGUUGGAUGGGUAUAUGAUGGUUCUUAGUCUUUCAAUCAGGUGCAGAGACUGAAAUUUAAAGGUGUAUUUGAUCUGUC